AAAAAAAACGUUGAAACUGCACAAUAUGCCGCUCUGUUUUCUGCACUGCUUCGCUGUACUCUGGAGGGGCCACGUGGCGCCGUGUGUGGGCUUGGAUUCUCUCUCUCUCUGUGUCUCUGUGUGUGUGUGUGCGCAGUGUACACGUCUCGUGGCGCGCAGGUGACGGGCUGGGUUACAGCAAGAGGCGGCGUGUGCAGGUUGUUGGUGCUGUUCGCCUCAUUCUUCUCUUUCCUUGUUUUUGCUUUCGUUCCUGGACUGUCUCUCUCUCUGUGUCUCUCUGUGCGCGUGUGCAGGAUUGCCACCACUAUUAUUGUAAGCAAAGCCGACAACUUUUAUAUUUCGAACAUGAAGUACGCCUCCGUGGAUGACUUCCUCGAGAAAUGCGCGCUGAAGCGGGACCCGCACCAGCCUGAAU